ACCCGACACAGCUGUGAUUGUUUUGUGCAGAGGAAGCUCCUGUGCCUGCUAUGCGCUGUGUGCUGUGGAAUGGAGCAGAGCUGUUUGUUUUCUCCUCUAACGAUGAUGUGAACGAGAUUUGAGCCUUUACGCACAGAAGAAGACGUCUCCAGAUCAAGCCUUAAAGUGCCAAAUGCCCAGAUUAGAGGACCACUGUUGGAGCUGCUCCUGUGCAUCAAGUGUUGAGACUAAACACUCAUCCGGAGCUCACUGGUUAGCAUCCAAAGCUGAAGAAAUGAUGUCCAUAAUCACCUCUGUGCUCAGCAACGCGUACGGGUCUCUGCACGACGUGCGCACGGCCAAUCUGAUCCGCCGGGGUCUCGUGCUCUUCACCGUGGGGGCUUUCCUGGCCCUGGUGCUCAACUUGCUGCAGAUUCAGAGAAAUGUCACCUUGUUUCCCGAGGAGGUGAUGACAACUUUGUUUUCGUCUGCCUGGUGGAUCCCACCGUGCUGCGGCACAGGGGCCGCUGUGGUUGGUCUGCUGUAUCCGUGCCUCGACAAACACCUGGGAGAGCCGCACAAGUUCAAGAGGGAGUGGGCCAGCGUCAUGAGGUGCAUCGCGGUGUUCGUGGGCAUCAACCACGCCAGUGUUAAGCUCGACUUCGACAACAACGUGCAGCUCUCCCUCACGCUGGCGGCUCUAUCUUUGGGUCUCUGGUGGACGUUCGAUCGGUCCAGGAGCGGCUUCGGUUUGGGCAUCACCACCGCCGUCCUCGCUACCGUGUUCACGCAGCUGCUCGUCUACAACGGAGUCUACCAAUACACGUCUCCGGACUUCCUGUAUGUGCGCUCCUGGCUCCCGUGCAUAUUCUUCUCAGGCGGAGUUACCGUGGGGAACAUCGGACGCCAACUCGCCAUGGGCGGCGUGGAGAAACCCCACAUGGACUGAACGCAGCACGAAGAAGAAGAAGGACAGGCGACUUAAAGAUGGACACGUUAUGUGAAGAAGGAGAGAACAGGAGGAAAAAGACUCUGAUUAGACUUCAUCCUUUGUCCUCAUAACAAAGUGCCAUGCACCUCCUUGUGGCCAAACCUCCAUCCGCAUCAAGACAGGAGGACGGUGUUUUGCCUUUUCUUUGAUUUUGAAGUGUUUUAUUUCCCCGCUGGAAGCAUCCUCCUGAGUGGAGGUGUUGAUGCACCCUGGACUUGGUGGAAAAGACUAUUUUUGUUGUUAUUUUUAAUAUAUAUAUAAUCAUAAAAAGGGAAUUGUACGAGUGCGCGAAACAGAUGUCCUCACUCUCUCUCAGUGAAAUGUAUUCUCAGUUGAAGCGCAGGGAGAUGUGUGUUCCCAGUUUAACCAAAUUAAGUAUUUAUUUUUGAAUGACCCCAAACCAAAUAUGGAAGUAUUCCUUUAAAGUGACGAUGGAGAUUAGAAUAGAGAGACAGGAAGUAUGUAGAGGAGUGCCAAUUAGUCUUUACAGGCUGUGAUUCACCUGCGCAAAUUCAAUAUGCUUCGAGUCAAAAAGCUCACAAUUCAAGUUCCUCAGAGAAGUCGCAUUGACCCUUGAAUGGUAUAUUUACACCAUACAAUUAUUAUAAAACGGUGGAGGAUGAUGAGGGCCGCGUGUGACAUUUUUGGGGAGAUCUGACCAAAAGAGAUUUUUUUUUGUGUCUGAAUUCUGAGAAAAAAAGUUGAAAAUCUCAGAAAAAAAUUGGGAAUUUUGAGAAAAAAGUCAGAAUUCUAAGAAAAAAAUUAACAGAAUCCUGAAAAGAAUAUCAGAUUUUCAGAAAAAAACUGUUUUUUUCCCUGCAAAAUCCUCACUUUUUGGGGCCCUAAUCCUCCUCCAUAUAAAACCGUUUUUAGUUAUUAAGUUAUGGAGAUAGUCAAAGCAUUAUUCUGGAGAUAAUGUACCAGGAGUAAAGUACUUCUGCCACGGGUAAACCGGUUUAAACCGCUCUCCGGUGAUUUAGUUUUGGGAACAUACAGCGAUGAAGAAGACAUUAAGAUUUGCAGUCUGUGAUUGCCUGUGUAUUAUAGAACGUAGUGCUUUUGUCACUAUAACCAUUUUAGUUUCAUCAUUUGUACAAACACGACAUUAUUGCUUAUGUAAAAUGGCUUUCCUUGUGAUCAGACAGGUAUUACUGCCACACUAGACCUACAGUAUGUUAGUUAGCGAGGAUUAAGUGCAAUCAGAGUAUUCAUGAGCCCAUUUAUUUAUUAUUUCUGACAAGUAUAUGCAGUGUGGAUACCUAAAAAACAAAAAAUCAGUUUCAGAGAUUAGUGUCAGACUACAUGCCUUCAGAGUCAAAACCAAUGACUCUCACAAGAGAGGAAACAAUAUAUUGUGUCAAAAAAAUUCUCAUCAUAGAAGGAAAUCAUAUUUUUUUAAACAUUUUGUGGCGGAUCACUUCGAUCUGCUCGCAUUCAGGUGUGUUAUUCUGGAGAGGAAGCUUUAUUUUUGGAGGUGGUGAAGCACCUUUUGGAUGUUUUAGGCGUUUGUGUGUCUGAUAUUUCAGCGGUGUAUAAUUUUUUGCUACCAUGGAUUUAAGUGAAAAAUAAAAACACCUCAUAAGGAGA